AUGUACGUGAGCUCGCUCUUGGAGAAGGAGCCCAGCAUGUACCCAGGAUCUGCCAGGGCCAACAGCAACAACCUGCCCGUGCAAAACUUCGUGUCUGCUCCAGCCUACUCCGACUACAUGGGAUACCACCCUGUGCCAGCCCUGGACACCCACGGGCAGCCAGCCCCAGCCUGGGGCUCCCACUACGGCCCCCAGCGCGACGACUGGAGCGCCUACGGCCCAGGCCCUUCCAGCGCCGUGCCCGCUGCCCACAUCAAUGGCUCGUCCCCUGGCCAGGGCUCCUACAGCUCUGCUGAUUACAGCUCCCUGCACCUCGCUGCUGCUGCAGGGUUACCUCCUGUAGAUACAAUUCAUGCCCAGCAAAUCUCUCCCAACAGCCAAAGGCACAGCUCUUAUGAGUGGAUGAGGAAAACGGUGCAAACCAACACUGCUGGUAAAACAAGAACAAAAGAAAAGUACCGGGUUGUUUACACAGAUCACCAGAGGCUGGAAUUAGAGAAGGAAUUUCACUGCAACAGAUACAUUACAAUCAGGAGGAAGUCAGAACUCGCAGCAAACCUGGGACUCUCCGAGAGACAGGUGAAAAUCUGGUUCCAGAAUCGCCGAGCAAAAGAAAGAAAAAUGAUCAAGAAGAAAAUCUCACAGUUUGAUGGCAGCGGGGGCUCAGCUCAGAGUGACUCUGGUUCACUCAGUCCAAAUGAACUGUCAAAUUCUCUGUUCCCACCACCACAUGGAAUAAAUGGAUUACAGCCUAAUGACAUUCAUCAAGUCAUAGUUUCAGAAUGA